CACGGACACGCCCAGUAUGCACCAUAUAUAAAGGCACACGCGGAAAAAUUUUUCUGCAGUUGCGUCUUAGUGCACAGUUCUACUGUGAUUACCGGCAACCAUGGAUCUGCUUCCUCUGCAGUUUACAGCGCCUAGUGUGAUUCCUUCAACUGACCUCACACGUCCGGUACCGUCAGUCACACUAACAGCGCAUGGCAGUAUCAGCAGAAUAAAGGUAACAGAGGCGCCACUGCAGAAAGCUAUUUGCGACGACCACGUCGAGGUUGAAGUCCAUUACUGUGGCCUGAACUUCACAGACCACUACUUGCGAUUGGGUAUAAUAAGGAACAGACUCUUCCCGGUUAUCAUGGGCAGUGAAUGUUCCGGCAUCGUAACACGUGUGGGCAAUGCAGUCACCGAUCUGCAGGCGGGCCAGAAAGUGCUCUGUCUGCAAAUGCAAGGUGGUCUGUUCAGGCAUGUUGUCCACGUCCAACGCAAGUACUGCUUUCUGCUGCCGGAAGAUAUUAGCCUAAAAGAUGCCGUCAGCCUUGGUCUAAACUUCGUUGUGGCACAUUUCUGCCUGUAUAAAUUCGGAUGCCUUGCGAACGCGGAGAAAGUAUUUAUGCAGUCUGUCGCAGGUGGUGUCGGCACGGCACUCAUCCAGCUUGCUCAGACAGUGGACAAUGUCGAAGUUGUAGGAACAGCUUCAGAAUCAAAGCACGAAAAGCUCCGUUCUCUUGGCGUGAAGCGGGUAUUUCGUCACGACAACUAUGAAACCGAAAUAUUGCAAGAUUACCCUGAAGGUGUUGAUAUCGUGGUAAACACCAAUGGUGGAAGUGAUCUUGAGAAGUGCCUAAAAAUUCUCCACCCUGUCGGAAAGUUGGUACUGCUAGGGUCGAACAGCACAGCUAAAUACUCAAAAUAUACAUCAUGGGCGUUAAUGCGACCUAAAUGGGAUAGCGGAUCGGUGUCCUCUGCGGAUGUAGUUAGCAAAAACUACUGCAUAGCAGGAGUGAACAUUGGCAUAUGGUUAGACCUUCAUCCAGAGGCAGUGCAGCGAUCUCUAAAUGAAAUAUUUAAGCUGUAUUCCAGUGCCAAAAUACAGCCCUGUAUUCACGCUGUUCUGCCCUUCGAUAAUGUGGCUGAAGGCAUAACGCAACUAUGCACACGUGAGAACUUCGGAAAAGUGGUUCUGGAGGUCAAGAAGGCAGCGGACGCACCAGCUGUGGAAGUUCAAACUGCGUUAGAGCCACAGCAAGGAGCAGUGGAGGAGGCAAAAGAAGCUGACCCAGAAGUGCAGAAGGAAGACUCCGCAUCUCCUGCGGAAUCAACGGUGGUCGAACCUCAUCUGGAACAAGCAGAAGAGAUUGUCGCAGAGGGUACGACUGAUGUCAGCGCUCCUUGAUAAGGCGCAGCUGGGCAUUUCAGGCUAUAUGGUGCCGUCAGUGCAAAUACUUCAGCUAAAGUUUUAUGGUUUUAAUGGCUUUUCGUGGUAAAAAUUUUAACAGUAGCAAUUGCAAAAUAUCAGGUGCUGUAAACUUCUGAUGCCAAAUGGCACUUUUAAUGAAGUUAAAUAAAACACAAAUUGAGCAUCGA